CUUCGUAUUUAUUAACUCUAAUGAUCCUACGAUGCCAAGUCAAGUUAUUAACGAUGCCCAGCCAUUUAUUAAGCUUCCAUUCCCACCAAUGAUCGAUCCACGUGAUUUAAUUACUUUAAAUCCCGAUGGUCGUGAACCGUCUAGAGCACCAAAUGCCUUUAUUAUCUACCGAAAAUUAUUUAUUAAAACUGCAAAGGAUGAAGGAUAUUCUCUUCCAAUGUCUAUAAUUUCUUCUAUGGCUUCGAAAUCUUGGGAACAUGAAUCUGAAGUAGUUAAAAAAGAAUAUAAGAGAAUUGCAAAAGAAGCAUUCUUAUAUCGUAGUGAGAUUUGCCCUAAACCUAAACGUGAAGGAAAAAGAAAGCAAUGGAAUAUUGUUUCAUUUGAUAAACCUAAUGAUAAAUUGACUCGAAAUGCUAAGCCUAAGAAGUCAGUUCGUACUACUUCUAAAUUACCUACACCAACUUUAUCUCCACCUACUCCUAAAAGUGAAACUGCUUUAUCUGAACUUGCUAAUAAUUCACCAAUUUUGGACCUAGACAUAUUUUCCGAUUGGGAAAGUUUUUUAUAUCCCAGUCCGGAUUUAUCAGCAUAUAGUGAUAGUGGUAGCAGCUCCCCUGAAAUUAAUGAAGAAUAUAACUUUAACCUUGAAAUUAAUUCUUCAUUACAAACUUUUAAUAAUUUUAAUUCACCAAUCCAAACCGAAGAACAACA